AUGUCUGCUCAAGCUGCUCCGGCAAUUCCCCCUCGGCCGGCUCGAUCGCCCCAGCCAGGCCCUCCAUCAGAAAUGCCAAAGAUCCCUCCACGUCCCAAUCGCCGCUCAGACCGAUCUGUCUCCCCUAUGCGAGACAGCUAUGCGCCGUCUCCAUUCAACGAGUGGAAUGGUCCGAGUAUGGUCCGCACGACAUCGAAUGAUCUCCCUGCACGCCCACCCAGUGUCACAAUACCUUCCAUUGGUGAGGAGGGUAUUGAAUAUGCCGAUCUCAAUGUUGGAACCAUGACCGACAGCCACCAUCCGGCACCGACAGAGACUCGUAACGUUAGCAAUGACCUCAAAAUUCAUGCACCGCGCCCGUCUUUGCCCAUUUCAAGUGCUAAAGCCAAAGUACAGGCGGUCACCCGCACGGAUUCUCGACAGGCGGCCGCGGCUGGAUUGGGCCGCGAGAGCCUGGACUCCCCUGCAAUGGAUGAGCAUGAUCGUGCUCGUCGUACAUCCAAUUCUCGGGCCAGCGGCUCUCGCCCAGAGUCGGCAGCCUCAGAUCGCCGGCUUUCUGCACAUUUUGGCGAGGAGCAGGGCUUCCGAGUUCCAAUGUACCCCAAUGCUGGAGAUGUCCAGGCACCUUCUCCGAGUCCUUAUCUUGAGCACGGGACUCCGCGACAAGGUCGUAACCAUCACCGCAGCCGCAGUGCUCGUGAUUCGUCUUUGCCUCCUGGCAGUUACGGUCUGCAUGGCCAUGGUGUUCACCACAACGACAAGUUUGAAAAAGCCUGGUACGAAAAGCAUCCUGAUGAGUUUGUCAAAGAAGAGGGUCAGUAUGGCCCUGGUGUGGGCACUCCUCGACCCGACUGGGCCCUGAGUAGCGACGAUCUGAACAAGAUUGUCCACGGACCAAGCCGUUCUGGCUCUGGGAUUGGCACGUCGCCCGCGAUUGCAAGCACACCAAACGAGGAAGUUGGGUAUCUGGCCUCGGACGAGUACACGCAUCGCAUGGCCACUCCCGAGCCCGACACUCGCCGCGAGCAUCAGCAUGUCGCGGAAUCCCCUCUUCGACGGAUGACUUUCCCCGCAUCCGAGAUUGAGCCCAAGGCUCCGGCCUCCCCUUUGCGCCAUGCUCGAAGCAGCUCUCGAGGUCAGCGUCCGGAAAGCGAAGUGAUCCAUGUUGAUGACCCGAUGCACCCCAUUCAUCACCCGGACGGAUUUGCUGCGACCCCGGUGCUCUAUACCGAGACGCCCACUACGCAGCACCAAGCUGAAGAAAAUGAGCCCAUCUUGGCCGCCGACGAAGUUCGUCCCGAGUCUGCUUACCUGCAUCCUGCGAUCAGUCCCACCAUUGAACAUCGCGGAAGCUUCGACGAGGAACGCAGCCGCCCCCCAAGUCACUCACACAGCCGUUCCAACAGCCGAUCCGCUGUCGGACAGGGCGUCCCCAUGCUGGCCCGCUACGACUCCCGUGACCUUCACGAGGAUCAAUCGACCCCGCUCGAAGAUGUGGAGGAGUACGAGCCUCUUUUCCCCGAGGAAGGCGAUGCGAAGAAGCCCCGAUCCCUGUCGGCCACCGAACGCUUCAAGAACCGCGCCGAUUUGCUGAAGCACAGGUUCCCUAGUGAGGAUCUCUGGGAGGACACGCCUAACAGUCUGCAGCUUCAUGCCACGGUCUCGACCCCUGAUCUCCCCAAAUCUGACUCAUCUGAGCUUUUCGAAACCCCCGAACAGGAGGCGGCCCGAAAGACCCAGGCCCCCAAAAUCGAUUCGCACGAAGUGGCACGCCAAAUUCUGCAAGGAAAUGAUAAGACCCCCUCGCGGCCCGAUAUCGUGAAGCAGCGCUUCCCGAGCCAGGAUAUCUGGGAAGAUGUUCCAGACAGUCAGCGCCUGGUGACCACCGUCGAGCCGGCCACGGAAGAGAUCAAAAGUCCUGAAGUGCCGUCGCGGCCCUCCAUUCCUCCGCGCCCUCAGAAGCAGGUUCCUGAAACAUCCCCCACUGAGAAACGUCAGGCACCAGUCAUUCCGGAUCGCCCCAAGCCGCAGAUCCCGGCGAGACCGAAUCGGUCCAGCGCUCAGCCGACAGCAGAGCCUAGUGCAGCAGCCAAGCCCAAGCCAACGGUCCCCGCUCGCCCUGUUGGCAGUAAAAUUGCAGCCCUCAAAGCUGGCUUCCUGACUGAUCUUAAUUCACGCCUUCAAAUGGGCCCUCCGCAGCCCAAGCCCCAGGAAAAGGAGCCCGAGGCACCGGCGGAGAAGCAGCCGCUCAGUGAUGCGCGCAAGGGCCGAGCCCGCGGCCCAGCGCGGCGGAAGCCUGCCGGAGAGAAUACCAAUGCCAGACUACCGACUAUCCCCGAGAUUAAGAUCACGGAGACUUGGAACGUCUGGUCCGUCGGCGAGGACGGUAAUCUGACCGUGGGCAGCGGGGAUACCAAGCCUGAUAUCCCUUCAACCAAGACUCUUGCUUCAUCCGAUAUUCCCAUGGCCCCUCAGCUUGCCAAGAAUACUGCCGGAGAGUCCGCUGAUCCCGCCCUGGAUGGUGCAUCUGUCCCUCGUGAGCUUCCCUCUGAAAACAUCGAGCCCCCCAAAGCCGAUAUGGUAGAGCCUCAGACCCCGACAGAAACUCCAGCGUCAACCACGGGUGAGACCUUGGCGGAACCCCAGCAGGGAUCGCAGGACGCGGAUGUCGAGGUGAACUCAGCUCAGCCUGGCGCUGAGCCCUCGGCCGCACAGGGGUCUAUCUCCGCUAAGCUAGGGGAGGCUCUUGAGGACCUGUCUGCAUCCGCUAGCGCCAAGAAGGCGACCGAAAGUGGCACCAGCGCUCCUCCUGUGGAUGAGACCGCGUAG